AGAGAGAGAGAGAGAGAGAGAAGAAACUGAAAGCAACAAGAGGAAUAUAUAUAUAUUGCUUCUUUGGGGAGUUUAAUAACUCAUUAGCGUGCUGCUCACAGCUCCCUCAAGAUGGCCAGUUGGGGCGCUUCUCUCCUGCUUUGCUGCGUGCUGAGCUGCGCUGCGUCCGCUCAUUCGUCGCCAUUCGUCCUGAAAACUAAAUACGACAAUUCUUUUCGCCUCACAAGAUCCACCCGAAACCACGUGCAGCGCCUCAUGCGGGACUAUAAGGAGCAGCAGAUGGGAAACAUACAUUUUGAGGACCGGAGCCACCACUUGAGGGAUCUGCCUUCGCUUUCCACAGACUUCAACGACUGGCUUCAGCUGUCGGACUGGGACCGGCUACACGGGGCCCUGGGGGACAUCCAGACCUACUGGAGCAUGCUGGAGUGGAAAAGGAAGCAGCUGGAGAAGGAGCAGAAAGUGCUGAGGACGGCGUCCAGUCUGCUUCAGAGCAUCAAGCACGUUCAGCUGGACUUACGGGACCUGAUGAGCAAAGUCAGCAGUCAGAUGAGAAUUGUCAGGGGCUCUUGGGUCAGGCCCACACCUGUCGCGGCGCGCCAGAACCCGCAGAGGAGCUCCAGGACAGUGUGGCAGAGCAGAGUGGAGGGUUACAUCAUUCUCCGGGACCUGGACCUUUACCUCACAAAACUAGCCAGAGACUUUCUGCUGCUGGCCUCCAAAACACAGUUGUGACACAAAGAGACUGCUCAAACAGAAGACCUAAGGGGCAAAAAAACUGAACAGCAACUAUGGGAUGAACGGCCGUACAACAUAAAUCUGAACGUCGGACUACUUUCUGUGAAGUACUACCAUAUAUUUUAGGGCUUUUUUUGGGUAUUUCCCAGUUUCAGUUUUUCCUCUAAUUGUACGUUAGACACAUGCUCCCAGAAGACGUCCCAACAUCCUGUUUUUCCACCACAGCCUCAAUUUUCAGGACUUUCCGAAGAGAUAUUUGCUAUUUAUUACAAUAUUUAUAUUUAUUUAUUUUAAAAGUCGUAUAUUUACGUUUUUUAGAGAAACAAGUGUUUUACACGUUGCAUUUUGUACACGAUAGAUACAUAGUGUUGUUUAAAGAAUUUCAAUAAAUGAACUGACAAAAACAA